CUCCCCUUUAUUUUAGCAAGUUAGGUCUAGUACUAGUCUAGUUGUAGUAUCUAUGGAAUCCACAAGAAACCCAUACAGCAGUGAUGUUGGUGCAGCAAGACCUGAAAGGUCAGCUAAGAAAAUAUCAAUGGCAGAUGAUCCUAACCAAGUAUCUUCUCUUGGCAAAAAUAAAACAACACAGAAACCUCAUGAUAGAUGUCUGCCAUCACAAGCAGUCCUAACUCCUCUUACUCUUAAUGAAGCAGCUACUCCUAGUCUUGAUAGCAAUGCAAUGGCUGCCCUGCCUACCUCAAUUCAUCCUGAUGCAGCCAUAUUUCCUUCUCCUCCUCUAACUCCUGACAAUAUUGAGUCACACUCUUCUAUAGAUCCUCAUGUAACUUUUAUUAUUCCUAAUACAGCUACAGUAUCCUCUACAAGAGCAAUGCCCCCAGCAGAAAUGUUUCAGUACUCUGCACCCCAGCAGCAGAAGCAGGCCUCAGUAGUGAGUCGUACUACAGUAGGUGGUUGUACUUUUGAAGACCUUUGCAAUGGAGCUGUGAACUACACAUGUGAUCCUUCGUGCUUGAUUGAUCUUAGUAAAACUGAUGCUGUAGAUGAAGUAGUGCAACUCCUAGCAGAAAAACUGGAGGAUAACAUAAGAGAGCUGGAGAUAGCAAGAGAUGGUAAGGUUACAAAAAUAUACAUUGGAAAGACAUUCAUUAGACAACGAAGGAAAGCAGGAGGUGGGUUUCAGCAAUUUGAUCGGAUGCAACCAACAACCUGGAAAAAGAAUGGCAUUAGUUCACGCUGGGGUAGUCAUAAAAGAAAUAAAGGAAAACAUGGUUUGAUUGUCCUCACGGCAGUUACUAGAAAAGUAGUUCCAAAAGGAGUUGCUAACCAACAGAGGUAUGCAUUGAUAUUGGAGCAGAAACUAAUCCAUCAUUAUGAAUUUCGUCAGGAUGAGCGAUUGGAAAAUAAAAGUAGCAGUGAAGGAGCCAAAACCAAAAAUAUAUGUUAUGGAUAUGCAUUGUACGCAGCAUUUACUUUUGAGAAGAAUGCUGAUGAUGAGACUACAUCAGGCCUACCAUAUAUUAAUACAAUAGAAGAUCCUUUACCCACUCUUUCUGCCAAUGCUGGGUCAUCUAAUCUCCAGUUUACACAACCAGCACAUCAUGUACCAGUUAUAGUGACACCAACAUGUGUCAGGAAUGCAAUAACUCAAACAAUUUCUUGAACAAUAUAAAUUAAGAGUAUCACAUAAUACACUUAAGUAAUUAUAUUUUUAUUA